UCUUUCGCCCCUAUACCCAAAUUCGACGAUCGAUUUGCACGUCAGAACCGCUGCGAGCCUCCACCAGAGUUUCCUCUGGCUUCACCCUAUUCAGGCAUAGUUCACCAUCUUUCGGGUCCCCACAUUUACGCUCUUACUCAAAUCCAUCCGAAGACAUCAGGAUCGGUCGAUGGUGCGCCCCACGAGGGGCUCCCACCUCCGUUCGCUUUCACUUCGCGCACGGGUUUGACACCCGAACACUCGCGUAGAUGUUAGAC